AGCGGCUAUUGCCACCGUCCCCUCGCCCUCGGACGUGCUCCCGCUCAGCACAAUUCAACUCAGCCACUGGCAGCCGCCAUGCACCGGUGACGACUGCUAGACAAGAUACCGGCUUGGCCGCACGCGCGUGACGAAGGUAUUAAACCCGCUCUUCCCCAGAACCGCCGUGAUUCUUUCGUGCCCCCCAAUAUGUUCGCGUCCCGGCGUCAUCUCGUAGACUGCGCACGGAAGCAGCAAGAACUUGUGCACAAGCGCAGCACUCUUCCACCGAUCUACUCGGAACCGCUCACCGACGAUGACCAGAAGAUACUUGGGCUAUCUCUCUCACAGGUUGCCUCGGAGUGCAAUGCACAUACCAUCGCUCCAAAGGCCGUAUUGCACGUGUAUGGCAAACGCGCUCUCAUGGCGCACGACGCGACGAAUUGCCUCUCCGACUUCAUGAUCCGCGAUGCAGAACGCGACGUACCGCUACAGAGGCCGCUGUCCGGGGUUGUUAUCAGCAUCAAGGACUGCAUAGACGUUGCGGGCUACGAUACAACCCUCGGAUUCUCCGCCAGAACCGGCAGACCUGCGGAGACGUCUGCACCAUUGGUGAGACUGCUGCAGGAUGCCGGCGCAUUGCUUCACGUGAAGACGGCUGUACCCACCGGAUUGCUUUCCUUCGAGACCCAGUCUGACGUCUUCGGUGAGACACUCAACCCAUACAAUCCCGCAUUCUCCCCUGGCGCGUCGACGGGUGGUGGGGCGGCCCUCGUAGCAUACCAAGGCUCCAUCAUCGAAGUCGGCACAGACAUCGGCGGCAGUGCACGAUUCCCUGCGGCUUAUUGUGGUGUCUACUCCGUCAAGAGCUCUGUCGGGCGUUUCCCGGCUCACGGAUGCGUGCAAUGCAUGCCGGGCCUGGAAGCUUCUCCAACGGUAACGUCGCCCCUCGCCCGGACACUUGACGAUUUGCGCGAAUUCUGGAAGCGAGUAGUGGAGAUGCAGCCGUGGCUGUACGAUCAUACCUGUAUCCCGCUCCCCUGGCGCCCGGUUGACUUCGUGCUCAGUGGCCGAAAGCCGAGAUGGGGCGUUAUUUGGUCCGACGACAUUGUGCCUCCUUCUCCUGCGUGCCUGCGCGCGUUACGGGAGGCCGUAGAUUCCCUAAGGCGAGCGGGGCACGAGGUCGUUGACUUCACUCCUCCACCCACUUUAGAUGGUCUCAAAGCCGGCUUCCAACUUCUCUUCGGCGACGGAGGUAUCGCGUUGCAUGCUCCGCGUCGUCCGGGGGAAACGAUGAAUGGCGCGCAACGCAGCGUGCAGCUGAUGCUCUCCCUGCCGCUCUGGGCCAAGAAGUUCCUGGCAUCUAUGUACCGCCUCCUCUCGCGUCCGGAGGGUCGGAAUGAAGCGUGGGCUACCCUCCUAGAAACGAUCCACCCAAUGACUAUCGCCGAGGAGCACGUGCAGACCGUCGCGCGGGAAGCAUUCAAAGAGGCAUGGCACAAGGCAUGGCGAGAUCAGGGCAUCGACUUCGUUUUGACAGUGCCACAUGCCAUCCCUCCCGUACCAAGAGGCGGCACCGGUACAGCUACGCUUGUUUCUGCGAGCUACUGUUUCUUGUUCAAUAUUCUUGAUUAUUGUGCCGGUAUCGUUCCGGUUACGUACGUCGACGAAGCUCUGGACCGGUUACCAGCGGACUUCAAACAAGGCCGUGAGUAUCAGAAUAUGAACGACAUCGCACGCGGCGUAUACUCGCUUUAUGACCCGAGUGGCAUGCAUGGGCUUCCCCUCGCCGUGCAAGUUGUCGGGCAGAGACUCGAGGAGGAGAAGGUGCUCGCUGGGAUGGCGGAGGUCGAGCGUGCGCUGUGGGACGCAGGGCACGGCUUUAUAGCCAAGGAAUUCUGACCGCUCCGGCGAAUGAGCAGGUGAAUCUAUUCCAAGUUGGCUGUAGUCUCUAGGCCGGUGAGAGACGAGUCAGUGGGGAGUCUUAUUACGUGCGCGUGCACAAUACAGUACGUUGUCAGCGGACAUAACGUCGGCGAAUAGUCAGAACAAACUUGAUCUCAACUUGUAGACAUAUAAUCCUUAUCGUUUCGGUCUUUGCGUGGGUUUCUUGACUAUACGUCACCAGAAUUGUACAUCUUGUCAUCAGCUUGUCAUCUGUACUAGUACACCGGCUAUUUUACACAGUCAAUCACCGGUAAA